UUGUCACCCGUUACACAAUAAUAAUUGUUCGAUGUAUUAUUGUCCUUAGUUUACAGUCUUAAUAAAAAAUUGCAAAAUGUUCAGUUUAUGGAAAGUUCGAGACAUAGCAGAUAAAAUGACCAAUGUUGUAAUGAACUAUUCAGAUAUGCAAGCCAAAGUUAGGGAAGCAACAAAUGAUGAGGCAUGGGGUCCAACAGGAGCCCUCAUGCAGGAAUUAGCCCACGCAACAUUCACUUACGAACAUUUCUCAGAAGUAAUGUCGAUGCUUUGGAAGAGAAUGUUAGAAGAUGAUAAACAGUGGAGACGAACUUACAAAUCUUUAUUAGUGCUAAGUUAUCUCAUAAAAAAUGGUUCUGAGCAGGUGGUCGUAUCAGCAAGAGAUCAUAUCUACCAUUUGCGAAAUUUGGAAAAUUAUACAUUUAUUGACAGUAGUGGAAAAGAUCAGGGAGCCAAUAUUAGGCAAACAGUAAAAAAACUAAUAAACCUUCUUGGACACAAUGAUUUACUAAGAGAAGAGAGGAAAAAAGCUAAAAAGAAUAGGGGAAAGUAUAUUGGAAUAGGUUCCGAAAUGAAGUUUCAAGGUGAAUCCGAUGUGCUGAAUGCUCAAUCAGGCUUAAAAAUUAAUUUUACUGAUGAUAACUGGGACGAUAGUUAUUGCGACUACUAUAAUAAUAAAACGGAUCAUGCUGACAGUGAUAAAAAGGAUUGUUUUCCAGUAGCGGUUUCUACAGAUCCAGACAAAAAGAUGAACCUAAGACUAAACCCCAAAGUUAUAGCUACACCAAAAAAGCCUCAAAAUCUGAGUUUAGAACCAGCAGCAAACUUCGUCCCGGACCAUGCGAAUGUGUUUGAUGAUUUUGAUCCACGUCUAUGCGAGCAAUAUGAUUCUGCAACGGCUGGACAUUAUGAAAUUGGUAGCCAAACGCCUUUUGAACCAAUGAAUGCUGAAAAUAAUGAUGAUUUUGCUGAUUUUAUCUCAGCUCGUUUAAAUGCUAGUUUGGUCAACGUCACUCCAACAAUAACAUCUAAUCCCUUACCACCCAUUUUAACAGAAAAGUCUCUGCUCAACCGCUCCACUUCUGAGACCCCACAUUUACUUAAUUCGAAGGAGUGCGGAAACGUUGGGCAACAAUUAGAGUUACAGGAUCAAGAGUAUUUCCUACCUAAAAGUUUAGAGAAGGAUUUUUUUGAUCUCAGAGACAUGUGUGUGGGAAAUAAAAUGGGUUCUUUCAGUGCUGAACUAAUAGAAAAUCUUGAUGGUGACUUACUUAUGCCAUCGCCAGCAAUGCCUUUACAGCCGACUACCAUUACAAAUAGCACAGAAACAGCCUCCGCCAUAUCUGCUGCUACAAAAAGUCAACCCUUAGGAUCUACUUGGGCAAGUUCGGAAACAGUAAUUAUUGAUAUGGACAAUUUACUAUCUGGAAAACCAAAACCUAUCCCAUCUCUCAGUAUUAAUCAAUUAAUGAUCAACUCGAGUAGCCAGAAAUCAAAGGUGAAGGAACCAUCUACCUAACUAUUAUACAGUACAUGCACUUUAUUGAAAUAAAUUAAAUGAAAAACAGAAAA